AUGACGUCCGGCACGGCAGGCAAAGGUGGGGUCCUUCUGUCAUUCUGGCUGGCCAAUGCGCCCCAUGUCGCCGGCGUCCUGCGUGUCUUCAGCAGCGAGGUAAGCUUCAUGGAUACGAUACACUCCCAAGCUGACGCCGUGCGCAGCGCCGUCUCUUCGGUGACAACAUGUACGCCCACCAUUACAGCUCUUCUCAAGAGCCUGCUCUUACCCAAAGACGAUGCCACAGCCGCGUCAGAAACAACAUCAACAUCAACAACAACGAAGACAACAUCAACAGCGAGACCACGAUCGAGAGCAAACAACACAACCACCAAGGCCGCGGCCGCAGCAAGGAAAGAUGAUGGACUCUCGCCCAAGGAAAAGGCAACAUUGGCCACCCACGUCGUCAACGGAACCCUUCGCGCCCUGAGCGACUAUGCAAAGAACCCACCAACUAGUACUGCGAGACCACCAACGCCUACCAAGCGGCCAGCGCCCCAAGAGGAGGAAUUGUUACGGUCGGCCACGACGAGAAACCCGCUUCAACGAUGUAGCUCUGCGAACUCGACACCACUAUCUCCCCUACAGCCUCGCGCCCUUAACAGGGUCACCACCUCUCCCGCCCUCUCGAAGCGCUCCCUUUCGCCAGCCAAAGCCCCGAAACAUGACACGAACCUCCUCGCCACGGUCGAAUGCGCUCGUGUUGCCUUGGGCACUCUGCGCCAGUUACACACGUCCAGCAAGCUCACGCUUCCAGAGCUACAACUCGAGACGGGCAUGUCUUCUUUAAUAGCCAGGCUGAUCACGCUAGGACUACACGAUCAAGCUCUCAAGGAACUGCGCAUCUUGAAGAAGAGAUUGGAGACACCGUCCAGCUCGACGACAACAAAGAAGCCGACCAAGACGACUGCUACCGAACCACCCAAAACGGCGGCGCAAGUGUAUACGGAGAUUCUCAAUUUUGGCCAGGCAUUGCGCCUCUUGUCCGCGAACAAAAAGCCAAAUGCGAUCGAGGCCAUCAUCCCACUAUUACGACAAGAUAAUAACUCAUCACCAAUUGCCCUCCUUCUCCGGUCAGCGGCUGAAAAGGGCGCGGAUGUGGCCAAGAUUGCCCGUCAGAUGGAAACUCUGGCUCAAUGCAUGAUUUCGUUGACCCCCAGCGCAUCCAGCAAGGACGACACGCUCAGCAUAGAACCGCGGCUUAGUAUCUCCCCGGUAUCUGCCAUCGAGCUGCAAUGCUUUGCUUUGGAGACGAGACUGCAAUGGCGGAAGUUGGCCAAACAUAAGGGUGAUGCGGAAAAGGAGAUCAUCAUGCCUCUCUCUCGGUACAUGGGCGCAUUCGUUCGACGGAGCCAGGAGAGCGGGCGCUCUUCUUAUGCCACUUGCCUUUCAGUCUUCACCAGGGUUCUCUCUCAGCUCGAUAACUAUGGAGCACAACUCUCGGAAGUUUCACGAACACCUCUUUCUCUGAUUUACCAAGUUUUGGCUGUUCUGGCACGAGAGGCGGGAAAGUUGGCAGAUGCAGUUUCUUGGGCGACCAAGGUCAGAGAAGGGGUCGAUCCAAAGGCGGACUCCGUCGCAAAGAUAUGCUCCCUAUCAGCGCAGCUACUGUCCCUCCAGCUCAAGGACCCGGUAAAGUACUGUCAUGAUAGCCAGCUUCUCGAGGAGGUAGUUGCUGGUCUCUCAGGCCCCCUCAGGGGCGAUUCCAGCGACCUUGACGAGUUGCUCAAUAACAUCUGCUCGGUCAGGAGAGCAACGAUGAAGCUUCUUCUUGCUCUGAUCAAAAAAGAGAAAGAUGAGUUUGCUGAUUUUACUUCCAAUUGCCGAGAAUAUCUAGAAUCAUUCGUCCUCCAAUGUCCUCGUUUUUGUUUACGAUGGCUCGGUAAACCCCCGGAGCCCAAGAGCAGCACCAAAGAUUACCUCCGAUACGAACAACGCCGUCAACUACUCCUACAGUCUAUACAACAUACCCUCGAUUCAUCUUUCAUCAUCGUCAAGACCCGCCUCGAAGAGAAGAGGCUGGCCUGGGAUUUUAUGGAUUCGAUUCUCAACGAUUGUCUUUUGCUCUUGGAAUACAUGGGAGACAUGGGCGCUGCUGGCUCACAGAGCAUGUACCAUGUCAAGAUUUCGCACUUUUACUAUCUACAGUAUAAUGUAUUACGACAGCAAUCCACCGACCCCAAGGAUGUGGCGCCCUUACGAGCUCUCCGUCGCUCGAUCGACUGCGUGAAGCACAGGUCGACAGCGGAGAAAGACAAGGCGCAGCUCACCCUGAAGUUGGAACGGAUGGCCGAGCUUGCUCGGACACUGGGCAGAAAUGAUCAGGCUCUCGCCGCGCUACAGACCAUUAGGACGAGCAUGCUGGAUGAUGGGAUUCUCGGAAGCGUUGCUGGCGCACUGGCGACAGACUCGCCGCUUGUUGUCUGGCAAAGGGAUGAGAAGGCCGAGACUCUGUCUCGUGCUCUGGUGGCCAUCGCGAAGAUGGAGCAUGUCUUCAUGGAUUGGACGGUGGAUUUACCAGAAGCUGAACAAGCUGCCGGACUUGAACACCGGUUGCACUACAUUAUUCUCGGUGGCAACCCAACCAUGAGUGGGAGAAAGAGGGAGGAAGAGGUCACUCUUGAGCACCCUGUUGUGGAUGCCUUGCUCCGCAUCUAUAUUCCGACACGGUAUCCCAUACGAAGACUUAGAGUGCUGUUGGCGCUCCUGAGCUCUGCCAUUGGAAACCAGCGGAAGGUCCCCGAGUUGCUUGCUAUCACUAGGGAUGCUACGCAGGUAGAACCGGAUAAUCUUGGUGAAGAUGCUGGACUGGCCCGCUUUGUGCCGCAUAUGGGAGCCUUUUAUCAUUCCAUCACAGCAUUGUCGGAUGGGUACUCCGAUCUGGGCGCAGUUCAACGAUGCCUUGAAACGUGGAAGUCGAUCGUCAAGUCUUGCCAAACCAAAACGGAUGUUGAGCGGUCAAUCGACGAUAUCCCUGGCCUUCUGGAUCACCUGCAGGCUAUGGCUGACUUUCUGCGGUUAAGCGGUCACGAUAGCAUGGUAGCUAUGGUCCUGGAACUGACGGCGGAUAUUGCAAAACUAGCAGACGGUCCCAGGCUCGAAGACAUCAUUCAGCAUGCCUCAACCCUGGCUCUGCAAUACACCAAUCUCGGCCAAUCCAUCAAGGCUGAGCAGACCUUCGCCGAAACACUGCAGUAUCUGAAGAAGCAGGCUGAUCUACCCGGUGAUGCGGUUGCUACCUUCCAUCUUUCCUGGACGGAACACUUCAUCGCUGUCGGUGAUCUCACUCAAGCAGAAUACCACCUCUCGCAGGCCCGGGCUGCAGUUGAAGCUGAAGCCAUGCCAGGAAAGGUCUCCCGUGCUAGGCGGAAAUAUCUGGUGGCCUAUGCUUCCUACCUUCAUUCUCUCGUCACGCAGGAACGGGGUGAAUCUCACCACGCCUUGGUCUAUGCCAGAGAAAGCGUCCGCUGCAUCUUCCAGGACUGGGUCAAGGUAGAACAACAAUUAGCAGCAGCAGCAGCAGCGAAAUCGUCCGCCCGUUCGUCCACCGAUGACUCUGCCAUGUUCAACACCGAUGACGCAACCUGCGACCUUUCGGCCACCGGCAAAGAGACGCCGUACCUGGGACCCGAGUCAUGGAAGCUUGCCCUAACUCUGUACCGAAACACUCUACGCUUGUCGUCCAUCUACGCACACUUGGGCAUGUUCCAGGAGACGAUGUACUACGCCGAGCAGGCACAGAAGAUCGCCAACAGCGCUUGCUCGGAGAUCCUCAAGGCUGGCUGCGCGACCUGGAUGGGCUCGGUGUACGUCAAGGCGGCGAACAUACCGAAGGCGAUGGAGAUGUUGCAGGAGGCGGCUAAUCUAUUGCCAGAGGAAAGCAAUUCGUAUUCUUCGGCCGUGCUGGCUUGCCAGAUUGGGGCUAUGUGCUUGGAUCUGAAGAGCUUUGAGGGUGCUGAGGCGAUGAUUGGGAGGGCGGAGGCGAUUUUGGAGGCGUUGUUGGAGGUUAGUGCCGCUGCGUCGGUGUCGGUUGCUGGGGAGAAGGCGGAGGGGGAGGAGAAGGGAACGCCUAUGAAGGGUGUCAAGGGGCCUGCGGCUGGACGGCAAUUAUCCAAACCGGCGAAGAGUGUCCAUUCGAGACAUGGGCUUGCGGCGAGACCAAAGACGGCGGCACCUGUUCCGGCCCCUCAGCCGGUUGAGGAUGCUCAGCUUUCGAAACUCAGAGCAGCUAUCAUGGUACAAAAGGCUACGGUGAAGCUGGCGAAAAAGGACUGGAUUUCGGCUUUGGUGAUGCUUGAGGGAGUCAAAACGCGGUCCAAGAAGUCAUUGUCUGCGAUCAUUUCGGAUGAGCAAAUCAUCAUGGCGUCCUGUCUUCUGGGCAUGAGCAUGGAGCAGAUGGCCCAUGAUCCGGUCUUUUCAGUCAUUCACGACUCAACCAUCUCAUAUCCUGCUGUUUCUGAUUCCCAUGGAAAGGAUAGGGGUUCCGGGGGCUACCCAGCUGUUCUUCAGGAGAGAAAGCGGGCUGCCACUAAGGAUACUGCAGAUCAGGAAAAGGCAGAGUAUGUGGAUAAUCUUCGCCAAGCGCAGCAUUCUCUUCUCGAAGCCCAUGCCGUGGCUACCGUCUGCGGUGACUCAAGUCUCAUUCACAAGAUUUCUGUCAUGCUGCAGAAUGUCGGUCUCCUUCUUUCUGCUACGGCAUCAUCUGGGAAGGCCAAGGCAUCCUCCUCUUCUGGGCAUACUGCCUACUCUGUCGAGCUGGGCCGUAACCUCACGUGGCGCAGGGAACGCAAAGCUCUCACGCUGGAGAAGAAUGGACCCAAGACUGACGCAUACAGCUGGCCUAAUUUCACGGACCUGCCUGUUGAGCCCAUGGGCCGGAUGAGUCUCGGUUUCUCGCUGGACUUGCAAAAGUUUCAAAGAGACUACAUCGACAUUAUCCCGAAGCCUUGGAGUGUGGUGUCUAUCUCAUUGAGCGACAACAAGCACGAUCUGUGCAUCACCAAACUACAAGCCGGUUGCACGCCAUUCGUCCUCCGACUUCCCCUUGAUCGUGCCAGUUCGCGCGACGCAGACAAUGAGGUGUUCAACUACCAGCAGGGAAGGGCUGAGUUGCUUGAGAUUAUUCGCUUGGCCAACGAAACUUGCCACGAUGCCCGAGACUUCUCUGUCAAGGGCGCCAAGACUGCUUGGUGGGCGGACCGCGAGGCGCUGGAUAAUCGCAUGAAGGAUCUGUUGACGAACAUUGAGCAGAUCUGGCUCGGCGGCUUCCGGGGUAUUUUCAGCCAGCACCAGACUCAAGGGGGCAAGAGGAAGGAGUUGAUGAACAAGUUUGCCACGACUUUCGAGAACAUGUUGGACAAACAUCUCCCCAGCCGGAGACAGGUGCACCACCGCGGGAAGAAUGCUGCUGGUGCUGGCGGCGGUCAGGAGCCGCGCGCGCCAGAGAAAGUAACGGUCGACCCUCGCAUCCUGGAGCUCUUCAUCGGUCUCGGUAAUAAUGCCAGCGACCAAAACAUCGACCUAGACGAGGAACUCACGGACCUGCUUUAUUUUGUUGUCGACAUCCUCCAGUUCCACGGCGAGCGCAACGCCUACGACGAGAUCGACUUUGACUCCAUGGUCGUCGAAAUGCUGGACGCCCUGCACGCCUAUCACGCGGCUGUCAACGAACUCGACGGGGGCGGCGACGAGCACGCUCACACCAUCCUCAUGCUCGACAAGGCUCUGCACGUCUUUCCUUGGGAGUCUCUCCCGUGCCUGCAAAACCUAGCUGUAUCUCGCAUGCCCAGUUUGGGUUGUCUUCGUCGCGCCAUUUUAGACAUGAAAAAGACCUCUUCUUCUCGUUCCUCGUCGCCGCACCCGGCCAAAGAAGAAGACGGCGACUCGAUAAUGUUGGACGCUGACGCACUUCCUCCCACCAUCUCUACUGCUGCUGCUGCUGCUGCUGCUGCUGCUGCUGAGAAAUCAGAGUCCCUCCUCCCGCAAGGCCACCACGCCUCUUCCAUCGAAGGCACCUACAUCCUCAACCCCUCUUCCGACCUCCUCACCACCCAGAAAACCUUUGCCCCCCUUCUUUCUUCCCAUCUAGGGCCUCGCCCCCAAUCAUGGACAUCCAUCACCGCCCGUCCACCCACAGAAUCCGAAUUCGCCUCGGCGCUCACCAACUCGGACAUCUUACUCUAUUUCGGCCACGGCUCCGGCGCGCAAUACAUCCGCGGCCGCACCAUCCGGCGCCUCACUCCCCGAUGCAAGGCGACGGUGUUGCUAAUGGGCUGCUCCUCCGCCAAGCUGAACGAAGCCGGCGAAGGGUUCGAAGUGUACGGCCCGGCGUGGAAUUACAUGAUGGCUGGUGCCCCCGCCGUGGUGGGGACGUUGUGGGACGUUACGGAUAGGGAUAUUGAAGGUUUACGGGGAGAGUGUUGGAGGAGUGGGGGCUAUUGGGGGAAGGGGUUUUUGGUGAGAUUGAGGAGAGGAGGGAGAGGGAGAAACUGA